AAUAGCCAAGGCUAGCUAUAAAAUAGUUAAGUUGGCAACAGCACUAGAAACUACUAAAUUUAGCAACACUGCUCGUCACAACAUAAAUAUCGAUAGCGGCGUGUCAUUAAAUAGAAUAAAAUGGCAUUCCAACUGCCCACGACAACUGCAGCUAGCGCCACUGGCUUCUCAUUCGGCUUGAACACGGCAACAGCCUCAACAGCAAAUCCUGCAAUUGGAGCGCUUGCCGCCAAACCAACAUUUUCAUUUGCCGGCCCAACAACAACAACAGCAAAUGCUGGCGGUGGCGAUGCAGAUAAUGCAAAGGCGGCACCGCCACCUUUCGGUGGUUUUGGUUUGUCUACAGCAACAACAACAGCAAGUCCUCUAACCGGACUUGGCUCUGGACUGGGCACAACUACAGCAGCAGCAGCGCCAACAGCAGCUGCACCCACAUUUGGUGGCUUCAUGGCAACAACAACAACAGCUGCUGCUGCACCCGCUGCAACAACAACAAUUGGCGGCAUUUCGCUUGGUUUAACAACAACAACGCCAAAAUUACCCAACACAACUUCGAUUGCACCAGUUGCGGCUGUGCCUGCGGUUUCUGCCGCUGUGGCGCCACUUGUGAGUGCAGCGCCAUCUGCUGGCAGUGCGUUUGCCAAUUUAUCGACAGCCACAAAAACAACAGAUUCUGCAACACUGGCAAAUGCAACGCAAUUAUCGUACAAUCAGCUGGAGGAGCACAUCAACAAGUGGACGUUGGAGUUUGAGGAGCAGGAGAAAGUGUUCACGGAGCAGGCGACACAGAUAAAUGCCUGGGAUAAACUAUUAAUUGGCAACAAUCAAAAGAUUAUCGAGCUAAAUGAUGCCGUGCAAAAGGUGAAAAAUGAUCAACAGGUGUUGGAUCAGGAGCUGGAAUUCAUUGCCACACAACACAAGGAACUGGAGGAGAGUCUGGCGCCGUUGGAGAAAGAGUUCAUCAACUUGCCACGCGUGGAUCAGGAACGCAGUCAGACUUAUUUGAUGGUUGAGAAUUUGGAUACACAGCUGAAACAGAUGUCGGAGGACCUAAAAGAGAUCAUUGACAAUCUGAACGAAGCCAACAAGGGACAGGACAACACAGAUCCCAUCAUCCAGAUCGGCAAGAUCCUCAACGCACACAUGAAUUCCCUGCAGUGGAUCGAAUCACAAUCCACACACAUCUGCAAGAAGCUCGACGACAUUGGCAAAAUCCAUGAGACCCAAAAGAGAGACAUCUUUCGGGCUCCCUACUAAUAGAUUAUAAUUUAUAAACCACUCUUGUAAUUCAAUCAAUAAAAAAUACACACAAACGUUGAGUUAAAAUUUAUAAAAA